AUGCCUCCGCCACCCACCACUGUUGCCGCCGGCUGUGGUCGGGGUGUGGACGAGUGCGACAUGUUCUCCGGCCGGUGGGUGUACGACGAGGAGGCGUACGCUCUGUACAAGGAGAGCGCGUGCCGGUUCAUGUCGGAGAACCUGGCGUGCGGGAGGUACGGCAGGACGGACCUCCGAUACCAGCACUGGCGGUGGCAGCCGCACGGUUGCGACCUUCCUAGGUACGUACGUGCCAUACCUACACAUGUCGUUGUCGCGCAUAGUGAAGUGAAGCUGCUGGAGAAGCUGCGCGGGAAGCGGCUGGCGUUCGUGGGCGACUCUCUGAACCGGAACCAGUGGGUGUCCAUGGUCUGCCUCAUCGACAGCGCCACCCAGGGCCUCCACAAGACGCUCAUCUCCGCCGGAACCCUCGUCUCCUUCAACGUGCACGAGCACAACGCGUCGGUGGACUUCUACUGGUCGCCGCUGCUGGUGGAGUCCAACUCCGACCACCCGGUGCGCCAUCGCGUCACAGACCGCACUAUGGGCGCCUCCUGCGGGAAUUUACACGCCCGGCACUGGACGUACGCCGACGUGCUCGUCUUCAACUCCUACCUCUGGUGGCGCCGCCCCUCCAUCGAAGUCCGGUGGGGGUCGUUCGAGGCACCUGCGGCGAAAGAGGACGAGUACUGCGGGGUGACCAAGGCGGUCGACGGCGUGCGCACUUUCGAGCUGGCGCUCGCGACGUGGGCCGACUGGCUCGAGUUCCACGUCGGCCGCGCACGCACCCGCCUCUUCUUCAUGACCAUGUCGCCGACUCACCUCCCCUCCGACGAGUGGGCCGACGACGCCGGCGGCGGCACCAGCCACGGGUGCUACAACGAGACGGAGCCGAUCGCUGCGGCGGAGGAGGGGGGCCGCUACCAGCGUGGCGUCACGGACCCGGCGUUCGCGCGUGCGGUAGAGGAGCAGGCGCGGCGUGGCGUCACGGACCCGGCGUUCGCGCAUGCGGUAGAGGAGCAGGCGCGGCGGCUGGUGAACGUGACGGCGAUGUCGGAGCGGCGCAAGGACGCGCACCCGUCGGUGCACCGGCGGCAGUGGGAGCCCAUCACGGACGCGCAGGCGAGGGACGCGAGCAGCUACGCGGACUGCAGCCACCGGUGCCUCCCCGGCGUGCCCGACGUCUGGAACCAACUCCUCUACGCGCACAUCGUCUCAUGA